AUGCGGCGCCGAAGAACAACCGGGCUGACGGAGUCUGGAGUUCCUGACAAGGAGCUGGCCAAUGCGGACGCUAGUCGUCAUAACCAUGACGAUCAACUAACUGCGAGAGACCUCGCGUCUCGACUAAGUCGGAUUGAGCAUCAGCUAAGCCUAGUCUUGGAGUCAGUAGGCCGCGACAAAGACAGAUCCGUUGGCAAAGAGCCGGGAACCGAUAGAUCAAGUCACCUACGGGAGGCUAAUGUCCGACGGCCCAUCACCUCUGAUUUCUCGAAUGCGGUUAGAUCCCAAGUACCGGCUUUCUCGGGUGAAUCUUCUAUUAACCACACCCUCGACCAAAUUGAGGGCUAUCUGGAGCGUACAGAUGCCACGUAUGAUAAUGCAGAGCAUCCCAUGUCCUGUCAGGCGUCAGGAAUAUCUUUAACUGCGCCAGGUUCCCCGCUAGCUGGCUCUAGGGAGACGCGUGAGGCAGUCGAUAUACGAAAAAUCUUGAAUGCAUAUGGCAUCGAUCCACGGAAAGAAGAAUGGGAUGGAUACAUGCACACUUUCUGUGAAGAAGUGCAUAUCCUAUACCCUUUCCUCCACAUUCCGAGCCUGUGGGCCAAUUAUGCAAACAUGUGGAAUUCUGGUUUUUCUUCCACGGAGCAUGAGUUUCAGGGAAGCAAGGAUUACUGGAUAAUGGUCGCUCAGGUAUGGGUUUGUAUCGCACUCGGAAGGUGUACGGAAUCCCCUCGGCUGUGUAGUGAGGAGGGCAAACACUCUGCUGGGUGGAGCAUCUUCGAGGCAGCAACGGACCUUAUUGGGGACCUUGUAGGUUGUUUUCGGGCGUGCUCAAGGCCUACGAUUAUCUUGCAAACUUACGCGUUAAUGGUGGUCUAUCUCUUUCGACUCGACGCAAAUGAAAGAGCGGAGAAAUUCUUAGCGCUUGCUAUCUCGCAUGCACAUUAUCUAGGCUUUCAUCGGUCCAAGGUUGUCCGACGUAUGCCAGUUUUCAACGAUGAAAUGAUUCGGCGGCUAUGGUGGUCUCUUUAUGCCCUUGAUCGCCGGUUAGCAAUCGAAACGGGCCAUCCAUUCCUAAUACAAGAUGUGAAUGUUGAUGCUCCUCAUCCCCAGGACCUGGACGAUGACUGGCUCACCCAGCAUAAGGAAGACCCCAAGACAAGCAAUGAGCUGGAAAGCGACAUCAAAGCAGCACUUUCCCAAGAUUCCAUUACACCAAUCCCGUACCUAUGUGCCACCAUCCGCUAUUCACGUGUCGUGGGGAAGAUAUGGGAGGCAAUCUACGGGGCCAAUAUGACAGAUGUCAUCCCCAGCUCAAGUUUACUAGAAUACCUAGACCAGCUCAUAUCCAGUGCCCAAGUGGAAGUAGGACCAGAGUUUUCCGAUAGUCACCACGCCGAGCCGCCAAAUCUUGAGCGAAGGAAUCCGCUUCGAUGGCUCACCAAGCAGCAGAUGCUGAUGCGAAUUAGAUGGUUAUCUCUCCGCCUCCUCAUCCGAAAACCAAUCUUGCAACAACGAGCCUCACCCCAGGAGUCCAUCGCUGACAUCCUCGAAACCGAAGUCACCUGCAUUCGAAUCGCCUCUAACAUCAUCCAGGAAUUCAAGCAAAUCCCUCAAUACACGGCAUCUGCGUUCCCCUUCCUCCACUCACUAGUCGGGGCCACUGUCGUCACUCUAGGCCUGAUCAUCCGAGAGCCGUCUUUCAAAGCAAUGUACGGCAACAUCACACUCCACGCCGCAAUCUCGCUCGAGAACUACUGCCGCAAGACAUGGGUCUCAGGAAAGAUGAUCCGAACAAUCCGGAGGCUGAAUCAGAUAACUUCAUCCGUUCUAUCCGAUUCCAGAAAUCAACCCUCGAAGCGUUCCGCGGCGCUACAGCCAUCAUCCCAAAACCAUAUCACGGAUACUAACACGGUCCCUCAGACAACAGCCUGGACAUCGUCCAUGACACUCCCUCCUUCAAAUCACUCAACCCACACAUCCACUGUGCAGGGUAGUUAUAUUCCAAUCUCGGCACUGACGAAUCAAAAUAAAUCUUCUCUCGUGACGAGCUCUAUCCAUGCGUCGCAUCCAAUACCUCCAUUAACACAUCAACAUACCUCUGAAGGAUGGACCGUUACGCCACCAAACCUCGUGACCACUGAUUUUGACUUUGAGCAAAGUCUUACCAGUGAUAUUAUACCGGGUGGUCCUGUCCAUGGAUGGAUGGUCGGAACACGGCCAAGUGAGGUCCAGGAUGGAACUGCAUAUAUGGAGAUGGGAUGGUUGGAGUCUUUGUUUGGGAUUGAUAUAGGAUCCAAUGUCAUGCUUCCGCCUGAGGGUUAG